AUGGGGGCCCAAAUUGCUGCUUUUUCUCCUCACUGGGCAUUGCAGGCUAGGACAAUCUGUGGACCGUUUGUGUUUUAUAAAACUUUAAUUAGACCUGUAGUUACAUAUGGUUUAGAAUGUUAUUCGCGUACAGCAAUUGAAGAGAACACCCUUAGAAUAUUCGAAAGACAAAUACUGAGAAAAAUAUUCGGAACAAUACAAAAAGAUGAAAAUAGCUGGAGAAUCAGAUAUAAUGAUGAACUGAAUGUUGAAUUCGCUGAAUUAAAUAUAAUCAGAUUGGCUGGCCAUGAAAUACAAAUGGAACAAAUCCAAACUUCGAAAAAAAUGCUUACUGCCAACCUAGAAAGUAGUCGGUCGCGAGGAAGGUCAAGAAAAAGGUGGCUGGAAGGAGUGGAAACAGACUUACAUAAAAUGGGUGUUAGAAAUCGGAAAAACGUAGCAAUUGAAAGAGAUAAAUGGAGGAAAUUAGUAGAUGAAGCCACAACCCACACCGAGUUGUAG